AUCUUGAGUGAGCUUCCUCAGCAUGCUGUCUAUAUGAUUGGCAGAAACUGUAGUUGGAGAGGGAGCUGAAUGACUACUGGACUUUAUAUGAAAACACCUACUUGGGGCUGACUUUCGGGCAAGGCUGAGAUAGGGGCAUAUUUAGCUUUGCCUUUCUCUUGAACCAUGAUUGGCUCUAAAACUAAAAGGAAAGGUAGGCAAGAGUCAGGGGCUUCCUCAAAACCUGUAACCAAUAGCCCUGCCAGUGCUAAAGGAAAAGCCAAGAGUCAGACCAGUAAAGCAGUUAAGGCAGAACCAAAAGAAGAAUGGGGGAACCAGGCUGAGGCUAGGGACGAAGCAGUGGCCAGGACACAGCCAUCGAUUUCCACUGAGCCCAAGACUGUGACAUGGAAAGUAAAAAAAAAGAAAGAUAAGACUAAUGCUAGAGGCAUGACUCAGGCUAAGACAGAACCCCUUGCAGAGCCUGCUUUAGUGCCUCCCACCAAGUCGGAUGCUCUGUCUACGUCUGUGGUCAUUACUGUAACCAAGUCUGAAGUCAAGGUUGAUACUGGAAUUGAGGCAUCUGUCAAGGGCUCUGCCAAGGCUACUGAUAAGCGCAGUGUUAAGCAGAAGUCUGAGAUAAAGAAAGAGGUCUGUGUGAAAUCCAGGGCUGGGGACAAAGCUAGUGUUGUCAUCAACACCACUGAUGAGGAUGAAGACUAUGUGUGCUCCUGGUUUUGGACUGGAGAAGAGCCUAGUGUAGGGUCCUGGUUCUGGCCUAAAGAAGAAACUCCUCUUCAAGUUUAUCAGCCCCCACCAAAGGUUGAGGAAGAACCUGAACCCCCAGAUACAUUUGACUAUGCUUUAAAAAAAAAAGCUGCAGCGUGGUUAAGGGGCAGGUUUAUUGUCCUAGUCCCAGUUGAGGAACCGCAGCCAUCUUUACCUCCAGAAGGGAACUGGACUCUGGUUGCAACCUUAAUUGAAACUCCUCUGGGUAUUCGCCCUUUGACCAAGAUUCCGCCUUAUGGUGGACCUUACUUCCAGACUUUAGCUGACUUAAAAAACCAAAUCCGGGAAAAAGAAAAGUAUAGCCCCGGUCCAGACACCUGCCGCUGUAAGUCAAGCAACUUUAGUUUAGAGCCUGUUGAGUUUGAUAAGCUUGUUGCCCUACUUAAGUUAACUAGGGAUCCGUUUAUUCAUGAGUUAGCUACAAUGAUAAUGGGUAUCAGUCCUGCUUACCCAUUUACUCAAGAUAUCCUUCAUGAUGUCGGUAUUACUGUUCUGAUUGAAAAUUUUGUCCACAAUCCAAAUGCUAAAAAGUACCCUAGAAAUUUAAAUUUAAAUGCCAACCCUGAUGCCCCAGAAGAAGUGAAAGAGACUGAAGCACAUGUAAAUAAAGUUUGUAGGGACAUACUCUGUUGUCCUUUGAACUGCUCUGUGCAAGUGGAGGAACUAAAGCUGUUAGUGAGCUUGAGUGUGAAAUUUGAUUAUCACCACGUGGUUGUCUACUAUGUUCGCUAUUUCAUCUCAUUGUUAAACAAAGGAAGUGUCAAAAUCAAAUUUCAAAUUUUAAGAGUUAUUUUGUGCUUGUCAAAAAAUCAAGACAAUAUAAGAGAACUGAUCAGUGCUGAAGUAAUGUCCUCACUGGUUGCUCACUUUAACAAGAAUGAGUCAAAAGCUAAUAUCCUUCAUAUCAUUGAAAUAUUUGAGAAUAUAAAUUUCCAAUUCAAAAAAAGGACAAAGCUAUUUACUAAGGAAAUGUUCACUAAAUCUGAACUUAUUUCCAUAUUCCGGGAGGCAAAAGAGUUUGACCAGAAACUCCAAGACUUAACAGACCACAGUGACCCUGACGUGAGAGAUAAAGUUAUCCGAUUAAUACUCAAACUCUAAAUAGCUGUGUAUUCUCAUAAAGCCUUGAACAUUUUUGUCUUUCCAGUAUAAAUCGAAUGCUUAUUAUAAUUAUAAAUUUGAUAACUUAUGCUCUCUGUGUUGAGGGAGGCCAUCUUAUGGAUGCUAGUCAUCUUGAGAGAUUGAAUACUUGCUGGAUCUUAUUGUGCUAUAUAAUAUAAAUUAAGGUAUUUUGGUAUUUCUGUAUUGUAACUCAGUACUGAACCUAUUCAUUCUAAAUAAGCUAUAUUUCUGUGCAUUCUAUUGAUAUAAGUGUAUUUUCAUAUUCCAUUUACGUGUUUUUAAUAAAGUUGCAUGCUAAACACAGUGAAAA